AUGCCUUAUUCAAAUAACAUUCCAACGUUUAAGAUGCCACCACCGCAAUUCUCAUCAUCCACCACCAGCGAUAUCAUUCAGGUGAGCCCUCAAUUCCCCAUGACCAACCAACCCUCUGAACACAAUCAACCCUUUAAACACGAUCAACGCUUUGAACCACAUUCAGCAUUGGCUCGUUCCCAUUCCUUCAAAAGGCCAAGAAUGUCUGACAACAACCAUUCCAAUACAGUGAUGGGCCCUCCACCAAACAGACCAACAGCCAACAUUUUCUUCAAGACCCGUAUUUGUACUAGGUUUGGGUUCGGUACCUGUAGAAACGGUGAAAAUUGUACCUUUGCUCAUGGGGCUCAUGAGAUAAGGCAGCCACCACCAAACUGGCAGGAGCUCGUAGGUCUCCAUACCCAGGAAGGGAAUUCGAAUGAUGAUCAGAAAAUCAUUCACAAGAUGAAGCUCUGCAAGAGGUAUUACAAUGGUCAGGAAUGUCCUUAUGGGGAUAACUGUAACUUUCUUCAUCAGGAUCCUGCUAAGUUUAGGGACGACUCUUGGAAUACAAGAGAGUCCUCUGACAUCAGCUCUGCCAUCACCAUUGGAACUUCUAAUCAUUUGGAAGGCAAUAGGGCUGGGACUAAGCCAGCCAGGGGAACUAAUUGGAAUACUAAGAUAUGUCUCAAGUGGAUCAAUACCGGGAUCUGCCCCUUUGGUGAUAAAUGUCACUUUGCUCAUGGAGAUGCAGAGUUACCAGUUCCCGGUGGAAGCAUUGAAGUUGAAGUUGCAGUUGCCAUAACAAAUUCAACAAAAGUUGUUAUUCCAACUUUACCAACAACAAGUUCUUCUGCCAAUUAUGCACCUACUACCUUACCAGCAAAUGGACCUGCAGCGACGGAAGAGGAGAAGAAGGCCAAGAAGGAAUUACUUUGGAAGAAGUUAAACAAGAUUACCCAUAUUUAUGGCGAUUGGAUUGAUGAUUGA